AUGCUGUCUUUUUACUCCUUCUCACAAGAGAUACAGCAGAUGAUCCUCUCGAAGCUGGCCCUGGCCAGAGACCUGGCCUCCUUCGCAUGUGUCAACAAGCACUGGCAAGAAUUCUUCGAAGCCAAGACAUUCCGACACCUAAUCAUCAGCCAAUACGACAUUGAAGACUUCGAAAUUGUCGUCCAAGGUGCCAGAAGAAGUUAUGUCAAGCGUCUCUGGCUCCGAAUCCUGCUACCAAAGUAUCUCUGGGUGUGGCGCAAGGAGGAAGAAGAUGAACACGUCCUCUGGAAAGCCGACAGGAUCUUUACCACGUCAAUAUUUGACCUCUGGGAAGUCCUUGCAAAAUGGGAUGCUUGCAUCCAUGGUGGGAACUCGGGCUUUACCUUUGAGCUGAGUGCUCAUUCCCCGAGCGACUGGGGCAAACAUGUGCGGGACGACUUCUUUGAGAGAGACGUCGAUAUGUACCAAGAGUACCUGGAAACCGACUCCACCAAGGCGUAUAAAUCCUCUGGUGAUGUUUAUGCACCUUAUUUGAAGGCUUACUGGGGACUUGGCGGUAUGUUUGGGACGCAGAUGUGGGAUCGAACCGUGGCAGACUUGUUCGGUUGGAAGCCGCUCAAGUUCAACUUUCGCGAACAAGAGGGCAUGUCCCCGAUUCGAGAAGACGAAGCACCGGAGCUCCCGAGUGUUUCCGUCAUCGCCAAAUUCUUGAUCCGUCGGUCGCAGUUUCGACAAAUCUCACCGGCCUCACUCGUCGAAACAUUGUCGAGCCUACCACACCUUGAACAACUUGCCAUUGAACGGUGGCGGUGCGUGGACGCUCAAGAGGAGACGCUCUGGUGCCAGAUGGCCAAGGCAUUCAUCUUGGACUUGCCAACGUCGGUCAAGACAUUGUCUUUGUACGGAGACACGGCCAACAUCUUCCAUGAGUGGUCAUCCAGGGACGUCAUGACCAUCGGCUUGGCAAAACACCUCGAGAGCAUAUCCAUCUCGUUCCUCAUCGACGCCAAGGAUUUUUUCCAGCCGUUCUGGACUUCGCGGACAGAGUGCACCACCACCUGGGAGAACCUCAAGACCCUAUCGGUCACCUCUCAGAUCCUCAAGCCAUCUUCGAGAAGCCGGGUCAACGGACUACUCUGCGCAGCAGCCAACACAGCCAUGAAGAUGCCAAAGCUGCAACUGCUGGAGCUCUGGAACGGCGACGAAGGGAUGGCCUUUGUGUUUCGGUAUCGUGUCAAGGACACCGUUACCGAGAUUACCUGGCUCAGCACUCACAUCCCCAAGGUUGACCAGAAGGUGAUUAAUGCCUGGACAAGCGUGGCUGUGGCACAGGGGCGGCCCGACGUCAGAGUAUCGAUAGGCAAACUUGAUCCAGACAAGAUCAUCUCUACUGGAACUGUCUUACGGUAUCUAUAUCUCAGAGAGCAGAUCCUACACGCUGUUUCAGCAUACAGGAUUGCCUGGGAACAGAAGAAGCAGAGCUGA